CUCUCUCUCUCUAUCUCCUCUCUAGAUCUAAAAAUCUCUUCUUUUCUCAAUCUCUGUUAUAAAAACGAUGAAGUCACCAGCGAAGAUCGGAGAGAAUCGGUUCUUAGGAAACCUUUCGUCUUCUUCUUUCCGAAAUCUGCUUCCUAGAUCCGUCUACGCCAAGCAGAAAUCGAUCCAAAAUUCAGAUACUAAGAGUUUCAGAUCCAACGACGAGAACGCUCCUCCUUGUGACCCAAACAUACAAACUAAUCAUCAUCUCAACAACAACAACAACGAUCUUCACUUGAAGAAAAAAUCGCCUCAAAAAGUAUUUCCUUCUGCGACCCAAAGUCUCCCCAAAGAAUCUACUCAGUUUGAAGCGAAGAGCGUACUCGUCACAAGAGCUAACUCAAUGGCUAAUGAGAUUACAGAGGAAGAUGAUUCAUUGGGUGACCAGAUUCGUGAACUAAAGGAGGAAUUAAUAAGAACCAAGUCUGAUGGGUACAAACCUGAUGGAAGCAAAAAUGGGUACUUUGUGAGGGAGAGCUUGAGUCAAUUGAGAAACAGCAUCAACAAGUCUCUAGUCAUGUCGUGUGAAAACAAAGAAGAAUCAGAAAAGGAAACAAUGUAUGAGGAUGAUGAUGAUGAUGUGAUGGAACUGAGUAAACAUAUUAACAAGUUUCACACUUUCUGUGAUACUGAUGAUUUGAGGGAUUCUAUUCAAUCCUCAUUUGCUAGUGCUUCAGGCUGUGAAGCAGAGUCAAUGAGUGGAGAUGAGAUUUGCUCUGUUGAUAAACACAAGGAUGGGAUUCACAAAGAUUGUGCCUUGGCUGACUCUAAUCCAAGCACUGUGGGAAAUGGUAUUUCAAUCAGUUUACCACACCAAACACGUAUUCUUGAAGAGCCACCUUUGUCAGAAUCUCCAAAGAUUAGGAAUUUUAGGAAGAGCGUGGCUGCGUCGUCAAAGUUUCAGGCAAGUCCUAGGAAUGUAAUUGAGAGCUCCAACAUUGGAAACAAAAAAGUUGAACACUUUGGCCCUUCUAUGUCCAAGAAGCCUUUAAGUCCUACAGAUUCUCUAGCUGCAAGUCUCCAGAGAGGACUGCAUAUUAUAGACUGUCACCAGCGGAAUUCGCUGUCAAACAGAUCUUCUGUUUCCUUCUCGUUCGGGCAUCUCUCUCUGAAGCCUUGCGAUGAAAGCGAUAAUCUUAGUGCUUCGGUUAAACUGUUAGAGGAAGAUAGACCAAAAGAAGGUGGAUCAUCGAUUCUCCUCUGUCUUUCUUGCAGACAGAAACUUGACCAAGAAGCUGAAGGAGGAUAUAAGGCAAUAGAAGAAGCUUGCGCGGAUGAGAAGCAUCUCAAGAACAUAUGUGUGGAGCAGGCUACCAAAAUUGAGCAGCUUACUUGUCAGUUAGACCAAUACAAAAAGAACAAUGCGCAGGAGCCAAGUAAGCUAAUGAAAUCCGAUGAUGGAGAAGAUGAGACAGAGGUCGUGAAGGAAACAUAUGAGACAAACCAACGUAGUGAAGAGUUUGGGAAAGUAAGGAUUGAUCUCAAUGAAAAGGAAGCUCUUUUAAAGGAGAUUGCAGAGCUAAAAAGUAAGUUGCAGCCUACAAAAUCAACGGAUAAUCUGAGAUCUUCUUUGCUGUUACGGUCUUUCCAAAUGAGGAAGAGCACUGAUUUUACCAAGAACAUUGAGAACAACAACGAUGCUAUAGAAGAAGAACGUGAAAGGUGGACAGAAAUGGAGAGUGAAUGGAUAUCUUUAACAGAUGAUCUAAGGAUGGAUAUUGAUAGCCAUCGUAGACACGCAGAGGAUCUAGAGAUAGAGCUCAAAAAGGAGAAAAUGGCUACAGAGGAGUUAAAUGAUGCUCUUAGUAGAGCUAUGCUUGGUCACAGUAGAUUCAUCGAGCAGUACACAGAACUGCAGGAAAAGUAUGAUGAAUUAGCUGAGAGACACAGUGUGACGAUGGCAGGAAUAGUUGAUGUGAAGAAAGCAGCGGCUAAAGCUGCUCUGAAAGGUCGCCACGGGAAGCGUUUUGCAAAAGCUUUUUCAGCUGAGCUUACUGCCAUUAGAGCUGCGAAGGAGAAAGAAAGAGAGUUCUUGAAAAAGGAGAACAAGGGCCUCAAAAUUCAACUGCGAGAUACUGUUGAAGCUGUCCAAGCUGCUGGAGAAUUACUUGUCAGACUCCGAGAAGCUGAGCAAGCUGUACAAUCCUCUGAGGAACGUUUCAGCAUAAUCGAAGAAGAGAAUGACAAGUUGAAGCAGCAAAUGGAGAAGUUAAAGAGUAAGCACAAAACAGAAAUGAGCACAAUGAAGCAAUAUCUUGCAGAAAGCAAAUUACCUGGGUCUGCACUAGAGGCAUGGUUCAAGGAGAAUGAGCAAGAGGAAGAAGAACAACAUGUAUCAUCAUCAGAACACAGAACCGGUGUGGUUAGCUAUGACGAUUAUACAGACGAUCAGGCAUGGAGAGCUGAGUUUGGAGCCAUAUAUCAAGACCAUGACCAUCAUUACUGAUUCAUGUCACAAAUUGUUCCAUUUCAUUUCAAGAACAAAAAACUUCUUUAGUC